GGCUUCGGGAGGGGCUACUCUAGUCAGAAAGACGGAGGUCAGCUCUGUGGUUUCUGAGCCCAGCCGUUACUGGCGGUUAGAGCCCAGAGAGCGCGCUCUGGCUGCUGAUUGGCUGAGGAAGGCAGCCCCUCUUCUGAGGAGGGGAGGCUGUUGGAUAUACCUUCAGGCGGCCCCAAAGAGCCUGCAGGGAUCACCGACCAUGGCUGAAGGAGAUGGCCUCGUGUCAAUCGAUUAUGAAGUGUUCGGGAAAGUGCAAGGGGUGUUUUUCCGCAAAUACACGCAGGCUCAAGGAAAAAAGCUAGGUGUGGUUGGCUGGGUCCAGAACACUGACCAAGGCACUGUGAAAGGACAGAUCCAAGGCCCAACUCUCAAGGUGCGGCAGCUUCAGGAAUGGCUUCAGAAGACUGGAAGUCCCAAGUCCCACAUUGACCGAGCUGAAUUCCACAACGAGAAGAAGAUCACUCGCUUAGACCAUAGUGGUUUUUCUAUUGUCAAAUAACAAGGGCCAAGAGAGCACAGCACCUCAUUCAUGGAAAGAGCCUCAAAAUUGUCUGGAUUAAGUUUUCCCUUUAAUUUUCUGUUUGUUCAUUGUUUACAUGCAGAUUUGUUCUGUCCUUAAUGUUAUUUAUUUAAUGUGGUUCCUGUAUUGAAUGGUCAAAUAUAUAAACAAACUUAGUAAUGUAUGACCUUGAUGUGCUAAUGGAGUGUAUGUCCAGAAGUAUGUGCAAAAAUUGGAUUGCCACACUGAAAAGCUUGACGUAAAUGAGCUGUCAUAGGGUUUUUUCAGGGAUAUUGGUGGAAUUUUUAAUUUCCAUACAAAUAUCAUUUGUUUUAGUUGUUUUAUGAUAUAUGCUUGGUUUUAAUUCAUAAAUGUUUCCUAAUGCUUUCUAAAGAGUAUAAGGUGACAGGAUGUGAGAAAAAUCCUAGUUUUGUUGUUGUAAAUCUUGUUUAUAACAUAGAAAAGCUGGUUCUCACAAUCUGUCAUACUCCAUUAUGACCAGGAAACAUAAAAGAGCCUAUGCAAGUGAAAUGACUGAGUAUAUGAGAAGAGGUGUGUUGGAGAAGGCCCAUUUAGUUCAGGCUUCAGUUAUCAUCAUAGCCAAGCAAGAUAUGAGGGCACUAGUAGUUUCUGUCAUAUUCCCCAUUAACUUCUGUUAUAAAACAUACUGCCUCUAUUAAUGAAGAAAUGCAUAGCCAUACUAGUAACCAUUGCUAGUCCUUAUCCUUCAUGAAACCUGUGGUUAUAGGGAAGGUGUUAUUCCACAAUUAUUGGGAUCAUAAGAGGCAGGAAACAAUAUUUUCCCAAGUAGUAUCCUAGAAUUACCCUUGUUUUUUCUCAAAUAAGUGAAUAGAUGCCAUUCAUUCCUAUGGAGAAAAUAAAGCAGUGUAUUUAAGUGCACAAUUGUGGCGUAAAACUUAUGUUUCUAUUACUGACACUAUACAGAGAUGUAAUUACCCCAUUGGGCUCCAUGCAAUGUACACAUUUUUCUCACAUGCGUAUCCUACCACUUUUGGUAUAUAGUACCAGAGGUCCUAUGGGGACAAAGCAGGUGGGAUAGUGCAGGGAUUUAAAAAAUGCAGGCAUGGAUGUUGCCUUUUUAAACCUAGUAAAUAAAUGUUUAGAAAUUCA